GGUCACUGCCCCGGAUAUUAUUUAGGUUAUAAGUUUCUGCAGCGGAGUGGUUCAGGUACAUUGGCCAGGUGAAUGUUGGGCGUACGAGCCCUGUUUGGAAUUGGUCUUCUUGUGACAUCACGGGGAGGCUCUGUCCUGACACACACAGGAGCAUGUACACGUAUUUCCAGUAACAUUUCCAGGAAAGAUCUCUCUCACAGAAAGGCUUGCACUAUGGCCAAUACAAUCAAGUACCUUGGGCAAGAAGAGGCCCAGCACAUUGAUGAGGAGCUGUUUAAUGAGUACAGCUUCAGUGUGGAUCAGUUAAUGGAGCUGGCUGGGCUUAGCUGUGCCACAGCUGUUUCAAAGGGCUAUCCACUGCAGUCGCUGCUCAAGAGCAAGCCCAGAGUGCUGGUGAUCUGUGGGCCGGGGAAUAAUGGAGGAGAUGGAUUGGUUUGUGCAAGACAUCUCAAACUGUUUGGGUAUGAACCUUCUGUAUUGUACCCAAAGCGCCCCAACAAACAGCUCUUCCAGAAUCUCACCACCCAGUGUGAGAAGAUGGAUAUACCCUUCCUGACAGAGAUGCCUGAGGCUGAUUUGAUUGAUGAAGCUUACAACUUGGUGGUGGAUGCCAUUUUUGGAUUCAGUUUCAAGGGGGCUGUGCGUGAGCCAUUUGGAGAGAUCCUGUCCCAACUGAAGAAGAUUACUGUGCCCAUCGCUAGCGUCGACAUACCUUCAGGCUGGGAUGUGGAGAAUGGCUGUCCUAAUGGAAUUCAGCCAGACUUGCUGAUCUCCCUCACUGCCCCUAAGAAAGCAGCCAAUCACUUCAAAGGACGCUACCACUUCCUGGGAGGCCGAUUCGUUCCUCCUGCACUUGAACAGAAGUACCAGCUCAAUCUGCCUCAGUACCCAGGCACUGAGUGUGUGUAUCAACUGAACUGAACAAUAAACAGUCUUUUCUGUCACUGAUCAAAGAAAAAUAAAUCAAGACAAAAUGUAUUGAUAACUAUAUGGGUUGCAACUUUGAACAGUUUUGAGCAAUGUUUAAAUAAUAACAGCUCAGUGAAUGUGGCCUGAUUGGUUGUUAUUGAUCAGUCAUAAUAAUGCAUUAAUAGUUUUGUCAAGGAUUGAUAGAGAACUGUUAAAAGGCACCUUUCUGAUUUAUUCGUGUUGAUAC